AUAUAUAACAACUCAGAUUCAGACUCACCAGCAAAGGAUAUGGUUGACUUCAUUUCAUUACCAAAGAGUUUAUUAAAAGAUCUGAAAACCGAAGAGCGGUCUAAUGUUUCAAGGAUUUCGUUUUUAUCCAUGAAGGAUGAUAAGCUUUAUAGGGUAAAACAAAAUUCCAGUACCAAAGUAAAUACUACAGUUAUCAGUAAUAUCAUUGCUGCAACUAUUCAUAACACUCCAAUAAUGGACCUUGAUGAACCAGUUACCAUAUCGGUCAACUUAAAAGAACAGGUAACAGCUAUGUGUUCAUUAUCACCUUUGUUGUUGUUAAUAUUUCAUUUCAAAGCCAUAUCUCAUUCCUCUCGAAAGAAACACGGUGCUAGUAGCAGCGGUAGCAACCGCAGCAGCAACCGCAGCAGUAGCA